AUGCGGCGCGUCGCGGGCCACGAGAACAUCGCGGCCCUCUACGAGAUCUACAUCUUCGACAAGACGCUCGCGCUCGUCAUGGAGCUCUGCGCCGGCGGCGAGCUCUUCGACCGCAUCAUCUCCAAGGACCACUACAGCGAGCGCGAGGCGCGCCUCGCCUUCGCGCAGAUGGUCGAGGCCAUCGGCCACUGCCACGCGCGCGAGGUCGUGCACCGCGACCUCAAGCCCGAGAAUUUGUUGUACGCGGACGUCGAGGGCGCGCCGAACGGGUCCGUCGUCAAGCUCGCGGACUUCGGGCUCGCGCGCACGCUCGAGCCCGGCCGCCACCUCAGCGGCUUCUCGGGCACGCCGGGCUACGUCGCGCCCGAGAUCCUCACGUCGACGCGGUCCUACGGCAAGGAGUGCGACCUCUGGUCGCUCGGCGUCGUGUUGUACAUCAUCCUCUGCGGCUACCCGCCCUUCUACCACGACCACGGCGACCCGCGCGUCGUCUUCGCGCAGAUCAAGAAGUGCCAGUUCCAGUUCCAGCGGCCCUACUGGGACGACAUCACCAAGGAGGCCAAGGACCUCGUGAGUAAGCUCCUCACGAAGGACCCGGCGAAGCGGCUCACGGCCGACGGCGUCUUCAAGCACGACUGGGUCCGGCUCUCGCCCGUGACGAAUUUGCACCUGCCCUACUUCGCGACGAACGUGAAGAAGUACCGCCUCCGCCGCAAGUUCAAGGCCGCGGUGCUCUCCGUCGCCGCGGAGAUGCGCUUCGCGAGCUUCGCGCGCAAGGGCGCCUUCGCGGGCCACUCGACGGCCGAGGCGGCCCUCGGCGUCGCGGGCCGCAUCGACAAGCUCGCGAGCCGCAAGUCGCUCUCCGUCGCCGAGGCGAAGCAGCUCCGGGAGCUCAUGAUCGCGCGGACGACGAGCUCCGUGGAGCAGAUGGAUCUCGCCGGCGCGCCCGAGCUGCCCGAGGGCGACGGCGUCGCGGAGGCGUGA